GAUAAUUUAUGUGUUUCGGAAUUACGAACCUUCGGAAUAACGAAUCUACGGAAUUCAAAGUGUAACCUCAAGUCUGCGCAGUCCCCCGGGAGUCCCCCUUGUCUGCGCACCCGCGUAUUUGCGCGAUUCUAGUAAAAGAAGAUACGCAACGACCACAAACUUUACACAUGCAAUAAAUAAAACGAUAUUUAUUGAAAAAUCCGACUCAAAAUGGUGGAAAAAUAUUGAAUUUCUGGCAUUUCAUGUGACCGCCUCAAAAUGCAGCCUUUAACAUCAAAUUCCCGAAUCGUGUGUAAAGUGAAUGGGUGCGUAGACAUGGGGCACCAUCUUUUUGUUAAAUCUGAAAAUUACUGGCCGAGGUUCCUUUCCAACAAAGUCAUAUAUUUUUCCCAGAUUUUUAUAAGAUUUUUUGCAAACUUACUCAUAAGAAUAAAAUAAACAUUAAUAAGUGAAAUUUUCUGUGGAACAAAAAGAUAUUUAGGUUUAAUCUUAAGUUGAAUUAUUAGGUGCGCAGACAUAGGGCCAACCAUCAUACCAUUAUGUCAUCAAAAGAGCGCGUUGUAGCUCCAUCACCUACGAUUCUGACACUUAUUUCAUCCCAUGUAUGUGUGGUAUCUUUCAUCAGCGGAUCAUGCAGAAGAUAAGCUAUUCCUCACGGACCUCGCAGACAGCGCCAUUUAUGUGGGCGACAACAGCGGACCGAACUUCUUCUCAUCUUCCUUCCGAAGGCUGAAUGUUUCUGGGGUUGAGGACCCAGUUGGUGUGGAUUACGAUUACAGGAAUGAAAUGGUCUACUGGACGGAUGAGAGUAGGGGGACAAUCAGUAGGGCUAAACUUGAUGGCUCAAUGCAGGAAGUCUUGGUUGAUGUGUUUGACGGAGUUGGAUAUCCUGAAGGAAUAGUAUUAGAUUUGGAGGAUGAACGGAUGAUUUGGACAGACACCUUACUUGAGAAGAUCGAAAGUGCAAACCUCGAUGGAUCAUCGAGGAAUACUAUCAUUUUUACCGGCCUUUACCUGCCAUGGAGUAUCACACUCUCCUACAAGAGAAAGACACUGUAUUGGACUGAGCACGGGGAUGGGGUGUUCAUCGGGGCAAAAAUUGAAAUGGCCACCAAGUAUGGUUUUAAUCGUCGCGUGCUUGUAUCAACGAACAUCGCGCAACCAAACGGCCUAGCACUAGAUAGUCAAGAACAGCGCCUAUAUUGGACGGAAGGAUUUUAUGACGUCAUAGAAUCAAUAGAUCUCGACACCUUAGAACGUCAGGUGCAUGUUUAUGCAGAAUCCGGGGAUAUAUUUGUUUGGGGGAUAUCCCUCUACUUCGAUUCAAUCUACUUUACUGAAUUUGGGUCCGCGAUGCUAUAUGAAGCUGAACUUGGGGAAGAAGAAAUACGGAACGUGAGCGUCCAUGCAUUUCCUGUUCAUGUAAAAAUCUAUGCAAAUCUCACAUGCCCUGAUCCGAUCAAUUGCGAAGGCAACAGUGCGUGUGAGCUGAUCGGAUAUGACACACCAUCCUGUACCUGCCUGCCAGGGUAUACUGGACCAACAUGUUUGGAUGAAAUCACAUGCCCUCUACCGUCUAAUGAGAAUCCCAGUACCCAUUUUGUGGACCCCAGUCCGAUAUACUACAACGGCCAAGCCCUGGUUGAAGUCUGUGAUAACGGUAACGAUGAAAGAACGCAUGUGUGCAAUGGCUUCACAGGCGAGUGGUACACAACUACAUUAAUCUACUGCACUGAAUAUGGGGCUAAGAUAUUCCUCACGGACCCUGCAGACAGCGCCAUUUAUGUGGGCGACAGCAGCGGACCGAACUUCUUCUCAUCUUCCUUCCAAAAGCUGAAUGUUUCUGGGGCUGAGGGCCCAGUUGGUGUGGAUUACGAUUACAGGAAUGAAAUGGUCUACUGGACGGAUGAGGGUAGGGGGAUAAUCAGUAGGGCUAAACUUGAUGGCUCAAUGCAGGAAGUCUUGGUUGAUGUGUUUGAAGGAGUUGGAUAUCCUGAAGGAUUAGUAUUGGAUUUGGAAGAUGAACGGAUGAUUUGGACAGACACCUUGCUUGAGAAGAUCGAAAGUGCAAACCUCGAUGGAUCAUCAAGGAAUACUAUCAUCAACACCGGUCUUUACCUGCCAUGGAGUAUCACGCUGUCCUACAAGAGAAAGAUGCUAUAUUGGACUGAGCAUGGGGAUAACUUGUUUAUUAGCUCAAAAAUCGAGAUGGCAGAAAAGGAUGGUUUGAAUCGUCGUGCGCUUGUCUCAACUAGAAUCAAGCAACCCAACGGCCUGGCAUUAGACAUUCAAGAACAGCGCCUAUAUUGGACGGAAGGAUUUUAUGACGUCAUAGAAUCGAUAGAUCUCGACACCUUAGAUCGCCAGGUGCACGUUUACACAGAAUCCGGGGAUGCAUUUGUUUGGGGAAUAUCCCUCUACUUCGAUUCAAUCUACUUUUCUGAAUUGGGGUCCUCGCUGCUAUAUGAAGCUGAAAUUGGGGAAGAAGAAAUACGGAUCGUGAGCGUCCAUGCAUUUCCUCUUCAUGUAAAAAUCUAUGCAAAUCUCACUUGUCCUGAUUCGAGCCACUGUCAAGGCCACAGUAGAUGUGAGCUGAUCGGAUAUGAAACACCUUCUUGUACCUGCCUGCCAGGGUAUACUGGGUCAACAUGUAUGGAUGAAAUCACAUGCCCUCUACCUUAUAAUGUGAAUCCUGAUACCCACUUUGUGAACCCCAGUCCAAUAUACUAUAACGAACAAACUCUGGUUGAAGUCUGUGAUAACGGUAACGAUGAAAGAACACAUGUGUGCAAUGGGUUCACAGGCGAUUGGUAUACAGCUACAUCGAUCGACUGCACGGAUUCUGGAUCGAAGGGAGCUGCGAUUGGAAUCUCCUAUGGUUUGGUCACCCUCUCCGUUUUAUCCGUGAAGCUGUGUGGGAAAGCCUGAGUGAUCAUCAAAAUUAAGAAUUUUUUGUCAAGUUGAGAACAAGUAAAUCAUUUCAGAUUUUAAAAACAAGGUGAUAUUUUUAAAACCAUCUGUGUUACAUGUAGCCAAUCAUCUGUUUGUGGCUUUUCAUUUAAUUAGUACAAAAUUAUUGCAACUAGGUUUUUAUUGUACUCGAGAUAGGCAUAAAAACCUCACUUUAUAUGUCAUCCUUUUCACCUAUUCCUUUAUAAUACUGAGAGGUGUUUUAUGCAUUGUUCUUAUUUCGCCGUUUUAUUUUAAUAUUGGUCGAUGAUAUAACGAAUUUUUAUGCAAAUCAGGUAGUCUUGGAUAUUCGUAUGUUUGUAAGUAGUUUUAUAAUUAUGUUUAAAUCAACUAUAGCAUACUUUAUAUGGUGUUUUAUAUUAAUCUAGAGUAAGUACCAUCUAUAUAUGUAGUUUAUUCUACAUGUGUAAAUUACAAUUAUGGUAUAUGUACAUAUUGAGUAGAAAGUACAUGGUGUGUACCACUUAAUUUCAAAGAUACUAAAUAGGUAAAGCCUACUGCCCCUCCUGGAAAAACACAUCAUGAACACAGUGUAUCGAUACAGUCAAUACAUAGGUUAGUGUACUUUUAUGAACACAUGACCACAGUCAUGACAGUGUGAACACAAAGUGUGAUGUUUGUAUCGCAUAAAAAUGGCACAUAGUUGACACACACUGAAAAGGAUCACAUUGUGUGACCUAUUUUCGUUACUGCGUGAUAACGUCAACCUCACAUUGUUUACAUAGUCGGUAAGAAAACACAAUGAAACAUACGGUUGUUUUUUCACAGUGUGUUCACACUGUGUUUAUAUAUUCAUUCUACUGAAAUAAAUUGAAACAAAUUUUACACUGGUCAACAGUGUGUGAUCCCUCUGAACAAAUUUACGAAAAAUAGUGAAAAAAUCCAUUAUUUUCGCAGUGUACACGUGAAGAAAAAUCAAUAAAUUUUCCACACUGUCUUUACGUAGUUUCCACUGUGAUAAAAUAGGGACACUUAUUCAUUCAUUAGUUGAAAUAAUAAUGUGCGAGCGAUAAUUCAGCGUUGACACACUUUGUACCACAGUGUGAAAAAUGUGUACUUAUUUACCGCAGUGGAAUCACUAUGUAAACACACUGUGAAACUCAGUGUUAUCACUGUAUUUUACAGUGUCAGUGUGGUGACCAUGGUUACUAUGUAUACUUUCAGGUCAGGCUAGCUUUUACAUUAUUUUGCUUGCUAAAUUUAAUCGACUCGAUUGUUCAAAUGUUUGGUUAAAUACAACUCAGCUUUAGAUAGUGUACUGUAGAUAUUUUCAGUUGGCCUUACUAAAUAAGAUUAAGGGUAAUUUAGUUGAUGAUUUUGAUUCUUUUGUAAGUGCCGCAAUUGAUUUAGAUAUUGUGAUUUACUGUGUUACAUGCAAUACGCAUGUAACAAUUUAAUCAAUACACGUGUAAAAAUUUAAUCAAUUUUCGCAAGUUAGUGCUACGAGGACAAAGGAACUUACAUUUCCUCGCUAGGUAAACUUACCAAAGUAUAUGUAGUAGAAUUGAUUAUUGUUUUAUAAUCGACGAGGAAUGGAUACAUUGUCACCUUUGUUUACAAAUUUAGCAAUAAAAUAUGAAACAAUUGA